AUGAAGUGGGAAUUCUUUGCGUCCGCUUUGCUGGCUGUUCUCCCUGCUGCGAACGCUAAAACAGCAUGGCAACAGAGACGGUUCGACGCUGCUGUUCCCUUGACACAGAACACGACCUUCAAUAAUCACAAAUUCAAGACCAAAGACGAUGCCCUCGCAGCUCUUGCGGGCGUGUUAGGCGAAAGUGCUCCGGUCACGCGGUCAGGCGAUUUCAGAUACGGCCGGUCUAUUAGUAGGAUAUGGACGGAGCAAAACAAAAUCUAUCCAGACGCAAUUGUUUUUCCCUCCAGUGCCGAACACGUCAGCAUAAUUAUGCAGUUCUACUCCCACGCAAGUACGCUCUGGAAAGAAGGCUUUGCUAUCAUCGGCGGCGGUCAUGCAGAUCUGGGUGGCGCUCAGUCACCCAGCGUAGUCAUUGAUCUCCAGUCCAUUAACAAGACAGAGAUAAUCUCCAGCAAACUCAAUACCAGUGAACCGGCUGUACUCAAGGUUGGCGGUGGCUCAGAAGCUGGAAGUGUCUACUCUGCGCUCGAAGGUACGGGCUUGGCCUUUCUAGGACCUCGCGCAGCAUCAAUCGGUGUCGGUGGCUUCUUGCUCGGAGGGGGGAUUGCUUUCCAGACUGGCAAGUAUGGUGUUGCUGCUGACAGCCUCCUGGGUCUUGAGGUGGUUCUUACCGACGGGCGCAUCGUAUAUGUCAACCCCUACAACGAAUACAAGGACUUAUUUUGGGCAGCUACGGGUGGAGGCUGGCUUGGCUUUGGCGUCAUCACCAACUUCUACAUUCAAUCGUACCCGGAUCCAGGCCUGGCUUACAUUGCGACUGUCGCCUGGAGUGAGGACAAGGCGGAGGAAGUUUUCGCAUUGACAACUGAGUUCUUCGAGACCAACACAGAUCCGAACGCCUUCCCGGCGCUCUUGUAUUACUACAAGGAUCCUAAGGCGAUCAACGCCUUGGUCCCCGUCACGUCUCGCCAAUUUACUUUCCAGCUCAAUGCCCUCCACUUCGGCGGCGGAUGGGAGGCGCUGAACGCCAGCUUUGCAAAAUUCUACCCCAAUGCCGACAGCUUGCAGCUGCAACAGGUCAAUCUCAAGGAAUUGGAUCAAUAUCUUCUCACUAAUUACCCAUAUGGAUACCACCGCGAAUUUUACGGCAAAAGCCACACCAAUUCGACUGUGGAUUUCUACCGCAACCUUUUUGCCAUCUACAAGGAGACCGUUUUCGGCAUGAUCGAGCGUGGUGAAGAUCCAGGUCAUACGAUCUGGGUUGACGAGUACGUCUUCCCUGGUUGGGGAGGCACUGGUCCUGAGCACGACAGCGAUACUGCCUGGCCCCAUUCGACCAGCGCUCACAUCACCUUGACUUCGGGCGAGUGGAGUGCGGACAACACGACGCAGUACAUGCACGACCGCGACCGCGAUGGCCCGAUGGCGUACUUGCGCGACUUCCAAAACAACCUUGGCGUGGCUCCCAUCUACGACUAUCCCAACUACAUUGCGCCACACAGCAAGCCCGGGGAAGUUUGGGGCGCAGAUAACUUUCGCCGUCUGACCUCCAUUAAAGAGAAGUACGAUCCUUCAUGUCUGUUGAACAGGGGCCGCAUCCCUCCUACCUCCGCAUGUGUGCGGAAAGGUUUUGCGAACACUUUUCUUUAG